UACUCAUGCGCCAGACCUCGCGGAGGACGUGCUGACGUUCGGCCUGGCGUGCGCCGUUACGUCAGCUCAGUCGCUUCGUUGUGUGUCGGGAGGAGCCUAGUGAGACUUGGAGGUUGUAGUGAGACGGAAACGUAGGGGAAGCUGGGGCGGGCGGCGAAGUGGCUACAGGAGAGCGCGGUGCCGAGCGGCCUGCAGGCUGACGGGAUGGUGGAGAAGGCCGGCUGCGGGAGAGAGUCGAUGCCCUCCUUGAUUCAGAGUGGAUUAAAUCCCACCCUGUCGGGCAGUUCUCAGAUGCACACCAAGCAGGGCAUGAAAUUGGAGGCUGUGAUGGAGCAACUCCAAAAGCAACAGCAGCAAGCCGCUCGCAGCAUGGAGGAACGUGAAAGACAGAUUAGAGAAACACAACGGCUCUAUGCCCAACAGCUGGCAUCGCAACAUGCAUUGAAAUCCAUGCCUGGUCCUGCUAUUAUGUCAUCUACUAAAGCCCGCCCGCCCAUGGCACCUCUACGGAGUGCCAGUGAUCCUGAUGAAGAAGAGAUGGAGGAUGAAGAAAGUGAUGAAGGCGAUUCAUUCGGAGAUGAGGGUGAUGAUGGGGAAGGCCACGCAUCCAUGCUAGCACAGAAGUAUCUUCAGGUUCAGAGAGAGCAGCAGGGAAUAGUUCCUAACAGUUUGCAAGGGAACCCCAGUCAGCGACACCCAACUGUGAAAGAGGAGCCUCAAGAUGAAAACUUUAACCCUUCACCUUCUAAACAUCCUAAGCAAAGUUUGCAAGAGCACAUUAAGCCGGAGAACACUUCCUGGUGUGAAGAUAUGGAUGGACGUAGCAGAGAAGCAUCAAGGGAUUUUGCAAAGCUAUAUGAGCUUGACACUGAUCCAAAGCGGAAAGAAUUCCUAGACGAUCUUUUUGUGUUCAUGCAGAAAAAAGGCACCCCAAUUAGUCGUAUCCCUAUAAUGGCCAAGCAAUUGUUGGAUCUUUACAUGCUCUACAAACUUGUGACAGAAAAGGGAGGGCUCGUGGAGGUGAUCAAUAAGAAAAUCUGGAGAGAGAUCACAAAGGGGCUGAACCUGCCAACCUCCAUUACCAGUGCUGCCUUCACCUUGCGCACACAAUAUAUGAAGUACCUUUACCUAUAUGAGUGUGAGAAGAAAUCGCUUAGCUCUCCAGCAGAGUUGCAAGCGGCUAUAGAUGGAAACCGACGAGAAGGAAGACGUCCCAGCUAUGGAACGUCUUCCUUUAACUAUUCACCAACUCCAGCAGGGCCCAAUAAUUUCUUAGGAGCUCAGAAACUUCCUGUGCCUAUGCUUGGAGUCCAGCCGACUUCUCGCGCAUCACCAGCAACUCCGCUUAAGAAAGGUGAUAGUCCUGCAAGCUUGUUGCCAAACCGUAUGUCUCUAGCUCCUGGCCUUUUGAAUGCACAACAGACCAUUAUGGGUGUACGGACAUCUCCACUGGAGCAGCUAAAGGAGAGGCUGGAGAUGGGCGAGCCUCCGGAGAAGCGGGCUUCACGGACACUGGGGGAAGAGCAGCAGAGGCUAAUGCAGCAAGCGCUCCAACACAAUUUGUUGAACAUGGCACGACAGAUACCAAUGAAACUAAAGAUAAACGGGAAGGCAGCACAGGACCGACAGGAGGCUUCACUCAACCUGGGCACUGGCAGCAUCAACAUGUCCAUUGAAAUUAAUGGCACAAUGUACACAGUCCAUUUGCAGGUGCUGCUGGGAGCUGGUCUGGCACUUCUAUGCUUCUGCCUCCUAUUGGGCUGCGCCAUCUGUUGGCACAAGAGGCGCAAGCUACAAUCUGCAACCAGUGUUGAUGGUGGAGAUAAAGUUUUGGCACAACAGUAUAAUACAAUUCUAGAGCUGCCUGAUACCCCUGCACAGGCUGUUCCUGUUACUCAGCAAUAUCAGACCUUGGAUGGAGAUAUCACAACUAAAAAUGGGGGUGAGGAUUUAUCACCAGUUCAAAAGGGGCCAUCUGAGAAGAACCUCCGUGUUAGAGCAUCUCUGCCUAGCCUCUACCAGCUGUCAUCAAAGACGAAACGUGCGUUAAAGCGCAGAAGCACUGUUUUUGGAGAUGGUUCACUAGAAGGGGAUCGUACUAAGUUGGUGAGGAUGCCACUCUCUCGCACUGAACCAGAUGGAUUAUCAGGGAUCAAACAGACAUCUCAGUCACUUGUGCACUUCACCCUUUGUUACUCACUGGGUGAUGAAGCUCUCACUAUUACUGUCACUGGUAUUUCCAACCUGCCUAAAAGAUUGUAUCAGAAGAGAGACUCCUUUGUUAGGGUCUACCUCCUACCUGGGUUUGUGGAGCCAUAUCCUGGGCAGAUGGAAGAUUCAGAUGGGGCACAGAAGUUUACUUUUUGUGGCAUUAGCCCAGAAGAACUGAAGGAACGGACCCUGAGGCUAGCAGUUUAUGCUCGGCAAAGGAGUACUCUGAGGGAGGGUUUCAUUGGGGAAGUGCUGCUCUCCUGCUCCCAGUUGGAUUGGUACACUCAGGGAACAUCAAGCUUUACAAGAGAACUGUCAAUCACCAAGACAAAGCUCAAGAAGAGUCUUAGCACUAUGGAUGUCUUCUCCACUCCCACGUCUACUACCAAAUCUCCUGGACAGAUAUUGAUUCUCCUGCAGCACCAGGCAGUAGCCAGUCGAAUCAAAGUGAUGGUGCAGAAGGCAGAGAAUCUGACUAAACUAACACGCAUGCCAGGAGCUCCAGAUCACUUUGUCAGUAUACGGCUGAUUCAGGACAACCAGGUAGCGGACAUGAAGGAGACAAGGACUGUGUCAGGGUCCAGUCCUGUGUGGAAUGCACCAUUUCUAUUUGAUGUCCCUCUGGAGUCUGCACAGUGUCAAACGCUGCAUUUAGAAUUUUUGGUGAUGCAGGGUCGAAUUUACAACCGUGCUCGUAUUCUUGGACGUGUGCGGAUUGGGCCUGGAACAUCGCAAACUGGGAAAUCUCACUGGCAGGAGAUGUGUAGGAAAGCACCCGUAGAGUGCUCCUGCUGGCAUGUUCUACAGCCAGAUGUGUUCUAGAGGAUUUUCUGGAGCUGAUGCUAUAUAUAAUAUAUUACCUAAGACUUCAGUGACUUCUGACUAACACUAAGAGAACUGACAGAGUUGAACCUGAUGUGCAGUGUUGUAGAAUCAGGAACUGCUACUGGUUCUAGUCACGUUGUGGAAAUGGAACCACUUGGAGUACUCCGUUCUCUCCUCUAUGAAGGAACUUUAAAAGGAAUUAUUUCAUACUUUAAAACUGGGAAAAUAAAAUACCGUACACAUAUUUUGUUAGUAAUGUUUUGCAAUUGAGGUCAUGUACAUCUCUGCUUAGCCUUAGAGACAUAUAUACAGGUUCCGAUACACGGCAUACAUACACCUUAUACUGUAUCCAGUGCAGAGUGCACUUUUAUACAUAUUCCUGGGGCACAUUUACAUUUGUAUAAUGACAGCUAGUAGAGAGAUACAAAGCAAAAUUCAUAUGGAAUGCAGUAUGCACAAUCGGACUACAGUCUCAUCUCUAAGUUCUGGACAAAUGAUUACUCUAUGUAAGAUGCACUUGUAUAUAAUAUAUAAUGUUAUAUAUGUAUAACUAGAAGAACCAAUUAUUUGUUAAAAAUACAUUAGAUGGUGUAAUGUUAAUCUGCCUAACAGGAGAGGAUGCUGGGUUUCCAGUUACUGUAAAUAUAUACCUUGCCCUUGUCAUAAAAUCUGUAUACAUGGUGACCAUGCUAUGUGUGUAUUUACUACCGAGUUACGCUCUGAAAUUCUUUCUUUGUGUAUGUGGGAGGCAAUAUGUGAUCGCAGGCUGCAGCGUUUUAGGAAAUAGGGCCACACAUUCAACAAAAAAAGAUUUUAUGAAAAAUGGGUGUGGUUCAUUAGGUCGACAUGGACAUUGGGUCGACAUGUACAAGGUCGACAUGGGAAAAUGUUGACAUGAUUUUUUUGACUGUUUUUGGUGUCGUUUUCUUUGAAAAGUGAUGGGGAACCCAAAUUAGUGCACCGCUUCGCUCACCAUGCUUCGGGCAAGGUGCCUCGCUGCGCUCGGCACAGGUUACCGUUCCCAAUUCUAGUCCACGUGGAUUGUUAAGUAUGAAAAAGGUAAAAAAAUGGGGAAAAAAGGUGAAAAACUCAUGUUUACCUUUUUGCAUGUCGACAUAGUGACCAUGUCGACCUUCAAUGGUCGACCCAAUGUAUGUCGACCUAAUGCUUGUCGACCUAACGACCGGAAUCCAUGAAUUAGGUAGUCCUAUAGAUUGUAAGCUUGCGAGCAGGGCCUUCCUACCUCUAUGUCUGUCUGUCUUUGCCCAGUUUUGUUCUGUAACUGUUGAA